UUAAACCAUUUGUUUGUUUCAGGGAGGAAGCUUGUUUUUGUUUCUCUAAUUUUUUGUGGAAUUACAAAGUCAAGAUCAGCUGAGCAGUAUCAUUUAAAAGGACCUGCGGCACCUCUCUACGCUGUUGCUGGUGAAGAUGUGAUUCUGCCUUGUUACAUUAAACCCAUCACCAGUGCUGUGGACUUGAGAGUGGAGUGGUUUAGACCCGACCAGCAAAACUCAGUAGUGUAUCUAUAUGAAGCUCAUGAAAACCGAACUACAGCGCAAAGUCAGGCCUACAAGGGGAGAACAAGGCUUCUCCAUCAAGAGCUACAAAGAGGAAACUUAUCACUCAAACUAUCAACAGUCCAAGUCUCUGAUGAGGGCGUUUACAAGUGUUUUAUUCAGUCUGAAUCCUGGUAUGAUGACAUCAAGGUUAUUCUCAAAGUUCAAGUUAUAGGCACUCAUCCAAUGAUCAUUAUAGAAGAAUUUGAUCAUUCAGGAGGACUUCAUCUGCUGUGUAAAAGUGAAGGCUGGAUCCCUGAACCUGAGCUUGUGUGGUUGGACAGUGAAGGCAGCAUAAUUUCUGAUACUGUAGAGAAACACAAAGAUUCAAAGGGCUUCAAUUUGAAACACAGAAUUAUUGUACAUAACAGUGAUGCUAAGUAUCACUGCAGAGUCAAACUGAACCAUCAUAUGCUGGAGACUGAGAUCACUAUCUCAGGUAAAAUAUUUCAUGCUUGGAGGACAUCAGUCAUUUUGGUAUCAAUAAUGGUUGUGUUCAGCGUGUUUGCUGCAGUAGUAAUUGCUAUUUUUGUUUACAGAAGAAGAGUUCGAUACCAUCGGAAGAUUCAUGAAGAGAUCCUAAAGAUAAAAAAAUACGCAGUGGAUGUGACAUUGGAUCCAGACACUGCUCAUCGAUAUCUGAUCUUGUCUGAAGAUGGGAAACAAGUGCGAAGUGUAGAAAACAAACAGAAUGUCCCAGACAACCCAGAGCGGUUUAAUAAAUGUGGUAAUGUCCUGGGAAAAGAGGGAUUCUCCUCCGGAAGGUUUUAUUUUGAAGUGAUGGUGAGGGGAAAAACAGAGUGGGAUUUGGGAAUCGCCAGAGAAUCCAUUAACAGAAAGGGAAAGGUCAAGUUGAGUCCUCAGAAUGGAUACUGGACAGUACGCUUGAGAAAUGGAAACAAAUAUAGCGCCUGUGCUGGUCCCACUGUACCUCUCUCUCUGAGAGUGAAGCCACAGGAGGUGGGUGUGUUUGUGGAUUAUGAGGAGGGUCUGGUCUCCUUUUAUGAUGUAGAGUCCUGUUCUCAUAUCUACUCUUACACUGGACAGUCAUUUACUGAGAAACUCUAUCCAUUCCUCAACCCAUGUACGAAUUUGAAACACAAAUAUUCAGCCCCUUUAAGUAUUUCACCUGUCAAUUGUCAAACCAGAUUAAUUCCCUAACAAUAAAAUAUAC